GUGAUAUCACUGGCAACAACACCUUCAUCAACUUUGUUUGUACCUCAGCUACACAUCGAGUCCUCGGAGGGGACAAGAUCCAGCUGCGUUUGUUAGUGCCAGGAUCCCGAUGCACUUGUAUCUCGGACAAAAUCCUCGAACACUCUACCUAGUAACCAGCGCUCACGAAGAGAAACAGGGCUGUCCUCAAAGAGCAUUAAUAUUUCGUGCUGCAGAGGCAGCGUCCCAAGUUGUGGUGGAAUUCCUUCCUGCCGAUGAAGUGAGCCUCUCAAGUGCCGUUAGAGUCACCAACCGUGUUGCGAAAGGAUCCCUUGGCCUAAUCUCGGUGGAAAAUGAUAUCUUUCUGGCAGUGGUAACCUCUGCGACGGAAGUUGGGAACACCCGCCUCUCUCAGUCGACACCAGAGAAGGUGGCCAGAAUUCAUGAAGUACAAUUCUUUUGCCUUACUUCGUCUGCAUGGGACGAUUUCUCCUCCUCUCAAGAAACAUUAGCCACCUAUGAUGCUGUCGACACACUCAUGAACAGGGAAACUUUUCCUCCAACUCCCAGCCCACCCGUUUUCGAACACCCCUGUAUGCCCCUCACGAAAAUACUUUCCUCUGGCUCGUUCUACUAUGCGUUGGACCCGUGUUGGGACAUUUCCUCACGGUUAUCAGUACGACUUACCCGAGGAGACUCCUCUCAACAUGAUGUUGGAAUCUUUGACGACCGAUUCAUCUGGAAUGAGUACGUUGUCAAGAGUCUGCUCGACUUCAGGGAGAAACUUGAUCCUGGAGAGCGCCAAGAUCUUGACCGAUGUCAAUUUAUCAUCCUCGCCAUACAAGGUUAUGUAGGUGUCUUCACCAUGGCCUUGCCAGCACCGCCAGUUAGUGGUGCACCAGUCAUUGUGACACUGUCCUUGAUCUCUCGCCUUGGGCGGAAGCGCGCGGGCACUCGCUUCAAUACUCGUGGCGUAGACGAUGACGGAAACACUGCAAAUUUUGUUGAGACAGAGACAAUAUUGAGUACGGACCUGCAUUGCAUGAGCUACACGCAAGUUCGGGGGAGCGUACCUCUUUUUUGGGAGCAGCAAGGUAUACAAACAUUCGGUCAGCGUAUACAAAUUACACGCCCGCACGCAUCCCAGCCGGCUUUCGAACGUCAUUUUGCACAGCUCAUGGACGAGUACGGAGCUGUUCACGCUAUCAACCUCCUUGGAUCAAAAGAAAACGAGGCUACGUUGACGGCCGCUUAUGCAAAUCAUUUGAACCGGGCACGGAAUAUAUGGAGUGAUCAACUUGGCAUUACCCAGUAUGACUUCCACUAUGCAGUUAAGAUGGCGGGUCAUGAUAGUGUCAUAAGGGACAUAGAGCGUUUGAAGUCUGUUAGUGAUCGCAUGGAACGGUUUGGUUACACACUUGCCGAUGCUUCAACGGGAGAACUUAUCACGGAGCAAGGAGGAGUGUUCAGGACAAAUUGCUUAGACUGCUUGGACAGAACCAAUUUCGUACAGGAUAUACUGUCGCGUAAGGCGCUUGAACAAUACCUCAGAGUGGUUCAUCUGGAGUGGAUUCACUCCGGCUCUCUGUGGACACAUCAUCGAGAACUUUGGGCGGAAAAUGGAGAUGCACUGUCACGUAUAUACGCUGGCACCGGGGCUUUGAACACAAGUUAUACGCGAAGCGGGAAGCGAACACUUGCUGGUGUGCUAUCCGACGCAACCAAAAGUGUCUCAAGGGCAUACAUCAACAACUUCCAGGACAAAGGAAAGCAAGUCGCCAUUGAUAUGUUCCUUGGUAACCUCAGCAACCAGACACAAGUGAGUAUAUUCGACCCUGUGCAUGACACUGUCAGAAGGGCCCUCGAAGAACGAAUUUCCGAAUAUUCGACCACUCGUUGGUGCCAUUUAUUCGUGGGUACAUGGAACGUGAACGGUCGGUCGCCGUCUGAAAGUCUUCAGCCGUGGCUUUUUCCCCGAGAUGGCUUUCCAGACCCUGACAUGUUUGUUCUCGGAUUCCAAGAGAUAGUUCUGCUCAACCCGCAGCAAAUAGUGCAAACCGACCCGGAAAAGAAACGCGUAUGGGAACUUAAACUUAUGGAAGCUAUCAACGGGCGUCCACAAAAGUCAUGUGAUUACGUCCUCCUACGCAGCGAGCAGCUUGUCGGCGCUGCAUUAUUCGUCGUCGUCAAGUCUGAAUUGACGGCUGUUAUCAGAAACGUGGAAGGUGCUUCUAAAAAAACUGGACUUCGCGGUAUGUCGGGCAACAAGGGGGGGAUCGGUGUCCGUCUGGAUUACUACGAUACCAGCUUCUGUUUCAUCACGGCCCAUUUAGCUGCUGGUCAUUCUAAUGUCGACGAACGCAACGCUGACUUCCAGACCAUUGAAAAAGGGCUUCACUUUUUGAAAGGAAAAUCCAUAGCUAGUCACGAUAAUGUCGUAUGGCUAGCAGACACAAAUUAUCGCAUAGAUCUCGACAACGACAGUGUCAGAACACUAGCAGAGCAGGGAGCGUUCGAUCCUUUGAUUGCUGUCGAUCAGCUGAAGCAAGCCAUUGACGAUCGUGAGGCGUUUGUUGGGUAUGAAGAGGGGCCCCUGCUAUUCUCUCCCACCUAUAAAUACGACGUCGGGACGAAUAAUUAUGAUACCAGUGAAAAGAUGCGAAUACCGGCCUGGACAGAUAGGAUUCUAUUCAAGGGCAAGCUGGACUUGGCAGUGUAUUCGCGGGCAGAGUUGAAAGGCUCGGACCAUCGGCCAGUCUUCGGCCUCUUCAGGACUCAAGUUCGGAUCAUUGACGCAGCAAAGAAAGCUGUGCUUUCCCGCUUACUGCUUGAGACGGUGCUGGCAGCUGCCCCUGGAGAAAAACUGGACGACAAGAUUGCUUCCCUUGUGCUCCCCAGUGAGACCGCGGAUUUACCUCUUCCGAGUACCGAUGAAUCUUGUUGGUGGGAAAAACUUGAAUCACGCGACGGUCGACUGGUGAUCUCGCCUGCAUAUGUGGGAACUUCACCGUCGAACCCCUUUGACUCGCCAGGAAGCUCGCCCCUGUCUUCACCGUCGUCAUCCGACGAAGAACUCUACUCGCGUGCCGCUGAUUUGUCAAGGUUGCCAGCUCCUAUGUCGCCCACGCCGCUCAACGGUAGAAGUACCUCACUCACGGACUAUUUGUAAAACCUUUGCGGAGACGGAUGAGGUGAUACCAAGUAAAUUGACUCAGGAGUAAAGUACACGGAAUAAUACCGGGGCGAUGGGUUAGACCAACUAAAUUAGGCCCUGCUUUUUCAAGUCCUCGUACAUCUUCCGGUUAUAUACGUUACCCUCAUCAUCCUCCAGUUCCUCCGUAGUUUCCUGCUCGAAAAUCUCACGCCGGCCCUCUUGCUUCAGUUUCUCGGCCACUACAAGGUUGAUAAGUCGC